AUGAAUCUGAGUGCCUCACGAUGGGCACCUACAGGAGAUGAGAUGAGAAAUACCCCACCUUCUGCUGUUUUUAGGAACGGUCGGACAUCUCUCCUGAUUACUCAGGAGCCUGCCAACAGCCCUGGAAACUUUGAUAAUGAUUAUGAUAUGGAGGAUAUGCACCUCGAUUCGGGCGCUACCGACGAUUACGUCUUUGAUACGGCGAUGGAUUACGAUGGGGAUGUUGCUAUGGUGGAUCUAAAUGAUCCUGGAAUUAUUAAAAUGGUUACCGAGCUCACCAGAAACGAACGCCAGGCCGAAAAUAUGAGGGAAUACGUUGAUUUGAAACCUAGGCUACGACCUGCAGUUUCAAAGUCUCGUAUCUCUCAACCAUCUUGCUUACUUAUAAUUGAUACAAACUUUAUUGUUUCCCAUCUUCAGCUAGUUGAUAAUCUUGUUCGCUCUCAUCAUCGCUGGAAAAAUGUUGUUGUCAUCCCUUGGGCAACUAUACAAGAACUGGAUGGUCUCAAGAAAUCUUUGCACGCACAAAAAGGUGUUGACCUUGGAAAGCGGGCCAGAAAUGCAAUCAACUGGGCAUUCGGAGUGUUCGCCAAACUUGACCCCGGUGUUUGGGGUCAGACUAAGGAGGAAUGUGAAGACUCUUAUGUUCGUGGAGAUGCUGCAAUCCUUGAAUGUUGCCGAUACUUCAAAAACAGCCACGAAACAGUUCUUCUAUCCAACGACAAGAACCUCUGCAUCCAAGCAAUGAUUCACAAUAUCAAAACCGUAUCGGUUGUUGGUGAGUUCUCGAGAGCCAUCCAGGCUAAACCCUGGGGGAUUGAUCGUUCCCAGAGUGGGGAUAUGAUAACAGAUAUUGCACCGAAACGCGCAAUGGGAAAUGGCUUGGAAGCGUCUAUAUACGCCACCACUGCAACAUCUGUGCAAAGAUCCCAAUAUCAUACCAAACCCAACAACAUCCCCAGGCGUCUGCUUCGAACGUCGGAUUCAUUUUUGGGGCCCUCAAGGAACGAUGAAAAUAAAGUACAAGUCAAAAGAAAUCUCAACAGCUUCCUUCAGAGAGUUUCUACAGGAUUAGUCGCUACUCUCGUGCCGUUGUUGAAACAAUGUGUGCAGAGCAAAUUAGUCGGGACAACUGAGUUCACCCUUGAAGCACUUAACUGCCAUCCAGAGGAGCAGGUUCGAAAUAUCAUUGACCUGGAAAGGUUUUUCCACAUGUAUUGGGCUUCUGUGUUCCGUGAGUAUCUGCCGGCGGAUUAUGGGCACGCUUUUAAAAAUGGUGAUCUUAACAGACGCUUGUCUGAGUGGAUUCAAUGGACUGAAACUAUCGGGUCGAACUCUACAGGCCCUAAAUCCAAGGAGGUAAAGAAGUGGAUUGAUGAGUGGGACUUUAUCUGGAAAAGGAUUGUAUUUACUGCGGAGGAGGCGCAUGUGAACAUAGAAACGGCCGAUCGAUGGAGGACUGCCUUAUUGGACGUCGGGCUUGUAGCGGAGUGA